AUGGGCAGACCACCAGCAACACGGGCGUGCGACAGGUGCCACGCCGUCAAGGAGAAAUGUAGACGUGUCUCUGGCCAGAGUGCCUGCGAACGUUGCCACCGACUGCAGAACACAUGCCAGAGCCUUAGACCCGUGGGAACCGCUGGCCGCAAGCCUCGUCACCAUCGUCAUGAGGGAAGUGCGACAACACUCCAAGUGCGUCGCGCCCGUAGCGCGAGCUCUUCUACUGUCUCAGCGGCAGCGUCAUCCAUCAACCAAGGCACCACUCCAGCGAGCCCUGCAUCGGACAUAGUCUCCCUACCAACAUCUCCAGCUAGAUCGGAUAUAGUGUCUACACCCAGGACUCUUUCCAUGUUUGCCGAUAUGAACGAAAGGGAGUUGUUCAUCAUCAAGUGCAUAUCACAAGGACGACCGCAGAUUGAGCAAUUCUUGGUAGCACCGAGCUUUCGGGUAAACCAUCACAAGACUUUUGCGCGGCACCUUCAUAACGCACCGCCAUGGAUCCACGACGCUUUGAUAGCAACUGCAGCUCUCUUGGCUUGCGAGUAUGAUCCCGAUCCCUCGCCCGAAGACAGGGCUAUCGGCCACAGACGGGCGGCUUCUGCGGUAUCCACUCUGCGCUCCGUCAGACCUCUCGACUCUGGAGACUUGCCUGUCAUUUUACUGCUAGCAGUGAGCGCACUCACCUUCGCAUUGCAUAUAUCCGGAAGCGGUUUGGCAAUAUGCAGACAUGCUCUCCUCACCAUCAAGCCCAUCUACGACUCGACUACAGUGCUUGAUUCUGAGUGUUCGGCAUUUUUCGUCUGCCUGAUCUUGUCAGAGACCGAGGAAUGCUAUCUAAUGGGCGAGGUGCCCACACUACGGUUCAAGAUGGAAAUUACGGACGGCUCUGUAGAUCGCUACGUGGGCAUUGCUGCGCCAAUGCUACCCUGCAUGUACGAUAUUUGCGAAGUCAGCUAUUUGUUGCGCCAGGACGAGCGACUUAGCGAUUCCGAAAUCACGGGAAUCAUUGAUGCAAUUGAGUUGGUCGUCCAUAAAUGGAUGCCUACACUACCCGAGGGAUGCGCCAGUCGUUUCUUGCAACAAGAAAUGGUGAGCCUAUUGGCUCAAGCUAACAUCUUCCGCUGGGCGGUGCUCCUCAUGAUUCACCGGCUGCGCUAUCCUUUCGGUACAGAAUUGGCAGCAGGCACAGCACUGUCACAAGCAAUACUUGAAGAAUUGCGUUCAGCGGUUCGACAUACCAAACGAUCCAUUCCACACAUGGAGAUUGCAUACAUGGUCGCUUGUUUUGAACUCACGGACCUUAAGGAACGUCAAAUGGCACUUGAGCAGAUUGAUAUUUUUAUUGAAUUUUCGAGAAGAUCAAGAAUCAGGCUAAGAGAUCAAUUGACUGCAUUUUGGGCAAUCAAAGACAUUCGAGGACAAGUACACUGGUGCGACGCCGUCUCCUGGCUGCCACAUUGA